AUGUACAAGGCAGUCCUCCUGUCGACACUGCUGUAUGGGGCGGAUACCUGGACGGUGUACAAGAAACAGGCACGUCGACUCAACCACUCCCACCUCAGCUGUCUCCGUCGGAUAUUGAAGCUGCGAUGGCAGGAUCGUAUCCCCGAUACUUCACCAAACUCAGCCACACUCCCCAACGCGUCGCAAAUCAGUGUGAACGGAGCCCAACUGCAAGUGGUGGAGAACUUCCCGUACCUGGGCAGUACCCUCUCCCGCAACACCAAGAUCGAUGACGAAGUCGCCAACAGGAUCUCGAAAGCCAGUCAAGCCGUCGGCCGCCCCCAAAGCACUGUUUGGAAUCGUCAUGGUCUCCAACUGUGCACGAAGCUGAAGAUGUACAAGGCCGUCAUCCUGCCGACGCUGCUGUACGGAGCGGAGACAUGGACAGUGUACACAAAGCAGGCACGCCGACUGAACCACUUCCACCUCAGCUGUCUUCGUCGUAUCCUGAGGCUGAACCGGCAGGAUCGAAUCCCCGACACUGAUGUGCUGGAACGGACGGGAAUUCUCACCAUCAACGCCAUGCGGAGACAACUGCAACUGCGUUGGAGCGGCCACCUCGUGCGGAUGGACGACGAGCGGCUACCCAACCGAUUUUUCUACGGAGACGUCGCCACGGGUUUCUGCCGCCGAGGAGGCCAAGUCCGUCGUUACAAGGACACUCCAAAGAUCUCCCUAAAGCGUCUGUAGAUCAGCCCAUCCAACUGGAAAGACAUCGCUCAAAAGGGACCAACCUGGAGGAGAACAGUGAAGACAGGCGGGCGAUCUAUGAGGCAAACCGCGUCGCCGUCGCGAAAGACAAACGAGAAGCUGCAUCCACCUCGUAACGCCAACGCACAACCGCCUUCAACCUGUCCACGGUGUCAACGGACAUUCCGGGCAUUAAAAUGAACUUGUUAAACAUCUUUGGACCAACUGCAACACUCGGACUGCACCAGCCGUCGUCUCUCCGUCCGCCUCUCCCUCGUCCCUUCCGCCGCAAGCUAACUUUGACCCCUCUUCUAAACCAUCAGUCCAAUCCUCCUCCCCCUCCUCAUUCUCCUCCUCCUCCUCCUCCUCCUCCUCCGCCUCCGCCUCCGCCUCCGCCUCCCCUGCCUCGACGUCUGUCAUUGUGGUGUCUGCCUGGCAUGGCAACACCGCACACAGUCCUGACACAUCUGCAAACACCAACACUGCCACCGUCGACACCAGUGGUGAGGACCUGGUCUUCGCCUGUCCUCAUUGCGACCGCACCUUCACCUCACAUAUCGGCUUUGCCGAUCACUUGCGGAUCCAUCGCAUAGAGACUGGCGAACCAGUGCUUGAAGCACCAACCUACAUCCGCCGCAUCCUCCUCCACUGUCCACACUGCCCUAGUACAUUCAUGUACCGCAUGGGCCUAUUUGGCCACAUGCGUGUCUAUGCGAGCGGAAUUAACCACAGCCUCGACACACCCAGCACACACAUCACACCUACCUUGCUAGCCCCACCCUUACUCCGUCGCUCUGCGCGCCCACCAUCGGCAGCUCUAUCACACCCAGUGCACACUGUACGCCCACCACGCUCCGCUCUGUCGAUGAGUGCGCCCACUACUACCAUCUCCGUAGCUAACACUGACAUCACCGACCUCUCGUGUCUACACUGUCCCGAACAUUCACCUCGCGCAUCGGCCUGGUGGGUCACUUGCGGAUCCAGCACACAGAGACUGGCGAACCAGUACCUGGUGCACCAACCUACAUUCGCCGCAUCCGCAUCCGCCUCCACUGCCCACACUGCCAUCGCACAUUAA